GAGAGGGUGGGUGUAUGGACAGAGAGAGAGAGAAGGAGCGAGGAGAGAGGUGAAUGAGUGCGAUCCAUCCAUGCAUCAAUAGCACAAGGACCAUCGUCUGAUAUAAACCCUGAACCAAGUGCUUGCUCUCUUCAUCCCGUAACCUGCAUCAUCAUCUACCUUUAGGAAUAUAAGUUGAACUCAUCCACAUCAUCUUUACUCUUACGAGAUGGAAAUAAAUCUUAAGGAUUAAUAAGAGUUAACUCGGAUCGGUGAAACAAAUGGAUUGUUUUCUUCGCACUGAAUAUCACUAACUAUCUUAUUUUGUGGAUGGAUGCGUUUUUAUCUCCGAGCAUCAUUGGAUAUGUCAACCUCUGACAGCGUAAGAACAACUGGAGGAGGAAUAAAGGGUCGAUAUUAUGAACUUUGGAACAACGUAUCACAUCAUACUGUCUUCCGUCGUCUGCUUGUAUGCAGUUUUAAGCAUUGCUAAGUGUGCUCCUGCAUGAGAAAGUCGUCUGCUAACUUCACACUUCAACAUGACGCCACUACGGAUCCUCGCGCCUCUUUUGAUCGAAACGUUCUUUCUUUGGAUGUCCGUCGUCUCAGCGAGGGACAUAUUCUACGACAUUGACGAGGGGGUCGGGCCCGGAACCGUCAUCGGGAACGUAGCUGACGACCUCGCGAUAACUAUAGAUGCUAAUACCGAGUUCUCCAUGUUAGGCGUGCCCAACGAGACAGCAUAUGUCUCGCUAGACUCGCAAACUGGAGAGCUUACAACAGUCCUAGACCUGGAUCGUGAGGAACUUUGUCCCGGCUCAUCAGCUCUCUGUGAGAUCGAAGUCAAUGCCAUCGAAUUGGGAACCAGGGAGGUGAUAACUGUCAAAGUGACCAUCAACGACAUCAAUGACCACGCACCGGAAUUUCGCGAUGACCUCACCAACAUGUCAAUCCCAGAAUCCGUCGUUCCCGGGACGAGGUUCCCAUUGUCUACGGCCAGCGACGAAGACAUCGGUGAGAAUGCCAUUCAGGGAUACCGCCUGUCUGAUGAAUACGCUGAAACAUUUGGGCUUGUCCAGAACGAGUUCCCUGGAGGUCUGAUCAUCAUCCAGUUGGAAGUCAUAGGGAGUCUUGAUCGGGAGAACAAAGACAACUACGUGAUGACCCUCUAUGCUGAUGACGGUGGCGAUCCUGUCCUGUCAGGGGUCACUACACUAAACGUGACCGUGCUCGAUUCAGAUGACCAUUCACCUGUUUUUGAUAGGACCUCCUACCAGGUCUCUGUCGCUGAGAACAUUGGUGUUGGACAGCAUAUCAUCCAGGUUCGUGCUUCAGACCCGGACACCGGUACGAACGGCCAAAUUAUCUAUGACUUUGGCGGUAGCGUAUCGGCCAAGAUCAUUGAGCUGUUUGAGAUUGACUCGGAAUCAGGUUGGCUAUCGGUCAAGAGUGAUCUCGAUUUCGAGGAUGAAAGUUCCCAUCAGGUAUCCAUCCGUGCAACAAAUAACGUUCCAAAUCCACUUCCGGAUUUCACGACCGUGACUGUCAACCUCAUUGAUGUCAAUGACAACAAGCCUCGCUUGACCAUAUCAGCUCUCGGAGAUGGCGGAAGAUUCAAACACAUUGCAGAAAACUCCCCUGAAGAUGUAGACGUUGCGUAUGUUCGUGUCACUGAUAUGGAUACCGGAGUCAAUGGCCAAGCUAUAUUGACAUUAGAAGAUGACUUUGGACACUUUUACUUAGAAUCAUUCAGAGAAGGCCAGUAUUUCCUCAAGACAGCAGGCGUAUUGGAUCGCGAAGACAUUGAUUUUUACAACAUCACCAUUCUCGCUGAAGAUCGAGGAUCCCCUGUGCUCUCGUCACGGAGACGGUUUGCAGUGUUCGUUGAUGACGAGAACGACAAUUCUCCCAUAUUCUCGUCGUCCGUUUAUCACGCUACGAUUAGUGAAAACAACGAGCCGGGUCACCGCGUGGCUACCGUACAGGCUAUCGACAAAGACGAGUUAGAGAAUGGCGAAGUUGUAUACAGCCUCCUAGAUGAUAAAGAUGGUUCCUUUGGGAUCCAUCCAUUCAAUGGAGUCCUCACUGCUAAUGUAAGUCUUGAUAGAGAAGACGGGGAGUCCAUUGACCUCAUGAUCAGGGCCUGUGACCGUGGACAACCACAGGGAUGUUCAGAUGUACCUUUGACAGUUAGGGUUCUGGAUAUGAACGACAACGGCCCCACGUUUGGCGGGGACUUAAUCGAGAUGAGAAUAGAUGAAAAUAAACCAAUUGGUACUAUCGUCGGUCGAGCCAUAGCUACAGAUGCUGAUGAAGGAGAUAAUGGUCGACUGAGGUACAGUAUCUUGACUGAUGCUGUGUUCAGGAUUGAUGAAGAUAGCGGAAGGAUCUACUCAACAGCUGAACUUGAUCGGGAGAUUCAAGAGCUUUAUCACUUUACAGUACGCGCAGUCGACGACGGAUUGUCCCCCAAAACGGCUACUGCCACAGUGGUCGUGACUGUGAAUGAUGGGAACGACCAUAGUCCAGAAUUCACUGUGCCAUCGGCAAACAAUGACAUUCGAUUCAUUCCAGUCUCUGCGGAUCCCGGUCUUCACAUUAUGACGGUUGAGAGUGAAGAUGAAGACAAAGAUGAAAAUGCUGCCGUAUCGUAUUCAAUUAGUCAUGGGAACGCUUACGGUGCAUUCGGUAUUCAAGCCAACGGACAGGUCGUGACAGCCCAAGAUCUUGAGCCAAAGUGGGAAGGCGUGCAUGACAUUACUAUACGCGCUACCGAUGGUGGCAACCCUUCUGCUUCGUCCACAGCCGUUCUUCGCGUCGUGAUUUCUAACGAAGGUUUCAAGAGAUCCCUUCCACCUGCAAACUUUACCGCUUUGUUUAACCUCACGAUUGACUAUUACCUAAACUUAGGAAACAAUGCAGCCAGUAGUCGCGGCAUACUAAACGACUGGCCAAUGAUCGUCAUCAUAUCGCUAGCUGGUUGCGCCGUCAUCCUCGUCAUUGUCUUUCUCCUGGUCGCUGCACGAUGCCGAACAAAGAACCGUGAACAAGGCAAGUACAUCGUACCCUCAGGAGAAGAACUCUUCGCGACACGACAAGCAGCCAAACCCGCUGACAACAGCGGCAAGACAUCAGACACAGAUUCAGGACUCACAUCGACGGCAUCGAGCUCAUCCAACAUACCGUCGAAGAACAUACGAAAGUGGCGGGCUCAGCAGGAUAGAGAUAGGGACUCGAUGGGGUCGUCGAACCCCGGAUCGACGACGAACCUUGGCACGAUGCCGCCAGGGAUCACGGGAGUAGCUAACGUGGACUUGAGGCUGGGUAACAGGCAGAUGACCACGUUUGGUAGUAACUCUGAUCUUCAUUCAGAAAGCAUUGCAUCAAUCACAUCAGCCAGAAGGACACCAGACCCCGACGCAGAGGUCCAGCGUCUCCUUCGUAAGCUGCGUCGAGACAGCGAGGAUCGUAACUCGGAAGGUGGAAGCGGGAGUAGCUACGACAGUGGACAUGGUGGAGAGCCAGAGAUUGAGCGGGAAAGUGGUUAUAGAACCAAUCUAUCUUCAGCUGAUGGUAGCUCAAGGCGAUCAGCUUCUUACCCGCGUAUCGCAGCACUGGCAGCACAAAAUAUCAACAAUACCCAAACUCCGUCCGGAGGCCACCGUCAUAGCUACAUGGCCAGCCCUCACUGUACACCUGAAUGUUUGACCCUAGGUCACUCAGACGAGUGCUGGAUGCCCAACCCAGCAUCUAUCAGCAAGUCAAAGACUGUUCAUUUCUCCAAGCACGACGAUAACCGGUCAUCAGGCGGUAGCUACCGCAGCUAUCACUCCAACGCGGACCGUCCUCCAGCAACAAGCCCCAAACCACCCAACCCUGCCAUCGCCUUCGGUAACGUCUCUAAGGUUACCCCGAAGCCCAAACCUAUCCCCAACGGUUCGACCACCGCUGGACUGGGGCAGCAACCGCCUGCAACGAGAGACCUCAACGGUUACUAUGGUAAUAACCCUGCAGUCAUUGUAGAAGACGAACGAAAUGGGAACGCAAUGCCAUUAACUCCGAUCAGAGAACAUCCCUUCGAAAGAAGAAGUUCGCAAGAUGCUCCUAGCCUUGUCGUUACAAAGCAUUCUCCAGACAAAUACAAAAAUAACAACGACGUCGAUAGAAACGGCGACGUCAGAUAUCGUAACGACCUCAACAGAGGACAUAUAAACGGUGUAAACCCAUUGCAUAGAAACAGUAUGAACGGUACCACACCAAACGGUAGCACCCCGAACGGCGGCCAACUGAAUGGCAUACAGAAUAGUAGGAGUAAUAACAGUAGGAACUCUAGUGGUGACAGUCAUAUUUCGAGCGAGGAUAGCGCAGACACGUACUCGGGUUCGUCGGCCGCGAGCAGCGAAAUGAAACCAGUUCGUUACUCGCCUGACGAGGUCGAGGCUGUCCUCGAGAAAUGCGGAGGAGAUCGAUCAGCGGGAGUAUCGGCAGACGGCGAUAGGAUGUACACGGAUUGGGUAUAACACGCGGUCUGGGUAUGAAGCCCAACGUCGUCUUCACUGACUCUUUAUGAGAACAUCAUGUGAUCAUGAU